AUGCCUUCCUUCCUACGUGCUAGCGAUAGGCGCUGCGCUGAGUUCAUCAUGCAUCCCAAUGGGCACUGUGUGCGUCUUCCAAGCGGCUCCGAACUCUUCUUCACCCUACCAAUCGACUUGAACAUCCAACCACCCAUGCCGCCCCAAGAUCUCGAAGCACUUGCUGCAUACUUAGAACGGACUCAACCACAACUUGCAGAAGGACCCGACGAUCCCAUCUACCAGAAUAGCCUCGAGGUGCGAAGCAUCAUUAGCGACUGGCUCCAAGGCUCCCAGUACCUCGACGACAUGGAGAUGUACGCGUGGGAGUCUGGUCAUGGCUUUCCGACAUUCGAGGAUGAAUUCGGCCUUCCGGUCGAUUUCGAGUGGGUGUGGGAUGUUAUCGCUUUUGAGGGAGGGGAGGAGUUGGUCUCCCGUUAUGUCGAGUAUAUCAACGAUUCUGCUGAGCUACACACACAAGCUCAUGCCGAAGACCACCAUGACUCCGCUUCUAUAGGCCGCGCUACUCGCAAAUCCCACACGCCUCCUCCCGGUUCUCCAAUCGAGCAACCUCAGAAUCACCGCUUCGGCCGGUUCCGUGUGGCAACUCAGUCCGACGGACCCGUCUCCGUAGGUGGAGCUGACUUUGCAAACAUGGACGAUUGUCUAGCAUUCCUGGAUACCCUUACCGACAUCGAAGCGAAGUUGCUCAGUAAGAACAUCAUACAGUUGGAAGGCGAUAGUUCCACUGGGUUGCGCAUGGUACCUGGACCGAAUGCGAAGUUCCUCCCUGAGCGAGCUUCGCAGGAUAAGAAGGAAGCUGUUCAAACCCACGCAUCUCCGGCUGAUCACCAACUUCGUCAUGUGCUUUGCCACCAAGUAGACCCAGAACUUGUUGUCAUGCACCACGAGAGCGCUAUGAAGCAAGGAAAGAAGCCCGUCCCAGAGCAGAAGUUAGUCUUCAAGCGCGUAGGAGCACCAUCCAACCAGACAGUGCCCGCCGAGCUCGACCCCUUCCGCUUCUACGGCCGGGAACCUGCACACGAGGCACGACAUGAAGGUGUCAACGAACAGAGGCUGUUCGAUGAGCGCAAAAGCCGAAUUGUUGAGUACCAAGAGCUAGCCCAUGAGUACCACCAAGCUUCCACAAAGUUCCCUACUUGGCAGAGCAGAGAGCCACUGAAGAAGGCCCAUGCUAAGGCAGUAGUAGCGUCUCUGCGCGGUGGUGGGCGUGAGCUGGAGCGUAUGCUGGACCGUGAGCUUCAGCGUGACUGUGAGCGCGAGAAGGACAAGGAGAACCUUCCAGACAUUUACGUGCAACACACCAAAGCCGCACAGCAGCCCUCAUCUUCUCCCACCGGCCCCGGCUAUACUUCUUCCAAGAAGUCCACCAGAAUCCCCGCCCCCAAGACCGCCAUUUCAGAGGCCCGUCCUAGAUUCUCCGGCGCCGGACCAAGUGCUCACCGCAGUUUGUCGUUCCAAGAGCCUACUCGUCUGCCCAUGCGCCCGAGGGUGACUGGUAUAUCUCCAAGCUUCGAUGCUGGUGUCAACGACCCGGCGCACCGUAUGUGUGGAACAAAUGCGCAUCAUGCGCAUGCGGAGGAUAGCCCGGAGGAUUCGCCUCGUCCAGCUCCCGGUGGUUCGUGGAUGGAUAUUUUUGAAGAGUUGAUGUCUUGA